AUGGCCCGCCCAAAGAAGACAGCUGUUGAGAAGCAGCAGCCUGCUCCCAUGCCUAUGCCUCCCCAGCACAUUCAGCAAUAUCCUCAGCACCCUCAACCCAUUGCUGCUGUUCCGCAACCCCCAAUGCCUGUGCCUAUGCCCAUGCCCGCUGCGGUUGCGCCUCCACCACCACAGGCUCUGAUGCCUCAGCGUGUUGUUGAUAAUGACAGCUUUAUCCGCGUGAGAGAUUCUGCUGUCGAUCGCUUGACCACUAUCAUGCAGCUUCUGCGGUCUUUCACUGCCGACUAUGUCCGCCAGACUAACCUUCUCCUGGGCGAGCCUACCGCAGAAGGCUCCCAGGAUAACCUUCUUGCCAACUUCGAGCAUGCCGCCCAGCAACUUAUUAUGCCAGUUCCUGAGCUUGCUCCUCCUGUUGAGGAGAAGAAGGAGCGCAAGAAGAGGACUAUUGACCCCAACGCCCCCAAGCGUCCCUUGACACCCUACUUCCUCUACAUGCAGCAUGCUCGCUCCAUCAUCGCUAAUGAUCUUGGAGCCGAAGCCCCCAAGGGAGCUGUUCAGGAAGAAGGCCAGCGACGAUGGGCUCACAUGGGCCCGCAUGAGAAGCAGGGCUGGAAUAACGCCUACCAGUACAACCUUCGUCUCUACAACGCCCGCGUUCACUCUUACAAGCAUGGCAACCCCAUUGCUAAGGGUAUGACUGAUGAGGAGGCACUUAAGUAUGCUGAAGAUUUCAGCAUCCCCAUGCCCGAACUCAAGGAUGUCACCCAGACUGAGGCCCCCGCCAACGAUCAGGACGCAAUCGCCGAACAGCUUCAAGCUGUGGCUGCUGCUCCCGCCGUUGACGAGCCUGAGGAGGCAGAGACUCCUGCUAAGACACCCAAGAAAGCUGCUGGUGGCCGUAAGCGCAAGACAGCAACUCCUGCCGCCGCUGCUGAGGAGGUCAAGCCUGCACCUGCUAGCCCUGACAAGAAGCGAAGGCGCACAUCUACAAAGGCCGCUGCAGCUAUCGAACCCCAGGAAGAGCCCAAGAAGUCGGGUCGUAAGAAGACUAAGAGCUCUUGA